GAGUUAGCUAGCGAUAUUUAGCCUCUACAAUACAUAACGCCAGCUAGGGAGCUGGUAGGGUCUACAAAACGUAACAGUGCUUUAAUUUGAAACGUUGUCUAACUUAAAAUAAGAGAGCCACUAUGGAGAUCGGAACGGAGAUAAGCAAGAAAAUACGGGCUGCUAUUAAGGGAAAACUACAGGAGCUUGGUGCUUAUGUGGACGAAGAGUUGCCUGAUUAUAUCAUGGUGAUGGUGGCAAAUAAGAAGAACGCGCAGCAGAUGGCAGACGAUCUUUCACUCUUCCUUGGCAACAACACUAUCAAGUUCACAGUGUGGUUACAUGGAGUCUUAGAGAAACUGAGAUCGGUGGCUGUUGAGCCGGCCUCGCUGCGACCGCAGCACCUGUAUACACAUCCCGGCGCCACUGUCGGGAAGGGUCGGGCAAUCAGCGGAGAGGAGAGGAGGGGGGAGGAGCUGCGCGGUCUGACUGUCUCCAGCUCACGCUCUGAUAGGACAGAAGCCCGGGUCUCCACCAGUUCUGCCCAUGAGCAUCACAGUUCCUCUGGCAGGAGGGGCUCUAGAGAGAGGACUUUGCCAAGGCUCACAUCAGCAGUGAGGCCCCUGAUGGAGCCUGCGGAGGCCGUCAUCGACAUCAAGCCAGAGCCGGAUGAUGACCUCAUCGCCGAUGACCUGGCAGAGGCAGGCGGUACCUCACGUGGGAAGACGGGCGUCACUGUCACCUAUGGCUCCGCCCGGCCCUCAGCUGAGCUCUACAAGCCCCCGCAGGGCGGGCGGCAGUCUGCGGGGGCCUCUCGUGCCCCUGGGCGGGCCUCUGAGGGCCUCUACAGCUACAAGCCCACAGAGAUCGCCCAUGGGCCAGACCGGUCCUCCUCAGCCUACAGCAGGGGCCAGCACAGCUACGCUCCUGACAGGCGGGGGUCCAGGAGCAGCAUGGACCGAGCUGCCAGAGAGGAGGAGGGGUCCCGCAAGCGCAAAGCCCCAGUUGCAAGCUCCAUUGUUCGGGUGAACAGGACUGGGGAUGAGGGGCAAGAGAGUGAUGAGCUCGAGGAGGAGGAAGAGGAGGAUGAGGAUGAUGAAGGCUACUCAGCAAGAAGUGGUGGCCUGUCCAGCCGAGUCUCCUUGCCGUCCAAACCGGAGCGCAGGCCAUCCCUGCCCCCAGCAAAGCAGGCCAACAAGAACCUGAUACUAAAGGCCAUCUCUGAAGCUCAGGAAUCCAUCUCAAAGACAACAAGCUACACAACAGUGCCACAGAGGCAGACGGUUCCCGUGGCGCCGCGAACGCGUGUGGCCGGUGAGGAGGUGGGAGCAGCCGUCCAGCUGGUCCAGGAGCACCUCCAUGCCCUGGCCCCCGGCGGGCAAGCCCACACACCUGCCGAGCCGCAGCCAAUCAGGCAGGCAGUUCAGAGCAGGUGCCUGGCUUCCCGCCUGCAGUUGGAGCUACCGGAGGAUGGAGUGAGAAGCCAGCAAGCGCUCCUGUUGGCAGAGAUGGGCGGGUUGAACCCGAGCGACACGCGAUCCUUCAUUGUGAGGCGGCCGGAGGUAGAGGAGGCGGCUGUGUCUGUCCGCGGCCGACUGGGUGCCCUGAUGCGGGACGAAGCCCCACCCACUGCCACACCCACCACGCCCCGUACAGUGCAGGCCAGUCGGGACGGGGCGGAGACCUUGGGCAGUGCCAGCCCCAAGUUCAUUGUGACCCUAGAUGGAGUGCCCAGCCCCAUGGGCCACCUCGGGGAGAGUGAUCUGGAUGUGGAUGAUGGUGCCAAAGUGGUUAAGUGUGCUGUCCCGGCCGGUUACCCAGAGAGAAAGCCCAGCAUUCACCAGAGACUACAAAGUGACCUCCACUACUCAGACGAGGAGGAGGACUACGGUGGCGAGGACGAUGGGCCGGUCCCGGGGAAGAAGCAGAAGGUUCUGGAGCGCUGCAGGUUCUGGCCCGUGUGCAAGAGUGGGGACGAGUGCCCAUACCACCACCCCACUGCUCAGUGCAAGACCUUCCCUAAUUGCAAGUUUGGAGACAAGUGCUUGUUUGUCCACCCGAACUGCAAGUACGACGCCAAGUGCACAAAAGCGGACUGCCCCUACACCCACGUCAGUAGGAGAGGCCUCGCCCCUCCCCCCAGGCCAGCUCCAACAUCGUCCAGCAGCGUCUGCCGCUUCUUUCCAGAUUGUAAGAAGAUGGACUGCCCCUUCUAUCACCCCAAACCCUGCAGGUUUGCAGCCCAGUGUAAGAGGGCUGGCUGUCCGUUCUUCCACCCUGCCCACUCCGUGCCUCCCAGACACGCCCUCAAGUGGACAAAGACCCAAAGCAGUUAAAGCACUGGCACUGCAGACAGCCCUGGAGGAGCUGGGCAGAAAAUGUGAAUGUGAUUAACAUGGGU